CAUUUAGAGCAUAUGCGUCGGGAAAAGUUUCUGAUCUACUUGUCUUUUGCCAUUGAUAGUUUCAAAUUGCCAGAAAGGAAUAUGGCAACUUCUAGAAUGGGUCGACUUACCAAUUUUGUUUUGAUGGAAGGCCAGAUUAUAGAAAUUUCGAUAGCUCACGAUAUGUUUUGUGAGGCGAUGUCUAUAUGCGCUGUCUUCAGCGUACUUGCUGGUAAGAUUUAA